AAGCCCAGUUUCCCUUCCCCUCUCCCCGUCUGCUUCUCGUAAGGGAAAAAAUAAAAGCCAGAUCUACAAAAUCCCCAAAUUCAAUUUCAAAUUAGGAAUCGAGAAGCCCUAGUUUCGAAUCUGGUUACCCAAUCCUUCGUUCUGAUCGGGGUUCGAGAGCUCGGGGCCUCGUACAUUGCACGAUGGGCGAUUUCAAUCUCGCUCUCGUGAUCGUCGCGAUCGUUGUAUGCGUCCUGGUCUUCAUCUCCAGCAUCUACCUUCUCGUCAACUACCAGCAUCCAGAUGAUGCGAACCAGGCUUAUUUUCCCAAGUUUGUCGUUGUUUUUGGUUUGUCCAUUGCCAUGAUCUCAAUCCUCAUGUUACCCGCCGAUGUCGCUAACCGGCACGCGUGUCGGCAUGCGAUUUACAACGGUGCUUGCAAUCUCACCUUGCCGAUGAAAGAUCUGUGGCUUGCUAUCUACAUUGUGGAUGCGGUACUCGUGUUCUUCAUCAUCCCGUUCUCCAUGUUCUUCUACGAAGGCGAUCAGGACAAGAGUGUGGGAAAGAGGAUAAAGAGUGCUUUAUUGUGGGUGGUAGCCACAGCUAUCGUCUGUGCUCUGGUGCUUGGGAUUCUAUACGGAAUCAUUGGGAAGGUGGACUUCUCUGUCAGACACUUGUCUUCUGCUACAACUUCCUUCCCAACUACAUGGCAAUUUUCGAGUAAUCAACCUUGUAUUGGCAACACUGCUCGUCAGUGCUCAGCAUAUACAGCCAGUGCCUCAUCCGAGAAGACGUGGACUAUGCGUACUACCUUUCCAGAAUAUGUUGUUGCUCUUGCUACGAUUGUCGGGUCAGUGCUUUUCACGAUAUUUGGUGGUGUUGGUAUUGCUUGUCUACCGUUGGGACUUAUUGCUUCAUUCAUCAGGCGACCGAAGGCUGUUAUUACUAGGUCACAGUAUAUAAAGGAAGCAACUGAGCUAGGUAAAAAGGCAAGAGAAUUAAAGAAAGCGGCUGAUGCGCUUCAUCAGGAAGAAAGAAGUGGUGCUAAGGGUAGGAAGUGGAGGAAAAACGUGAAAGCUGUAGAAAAGGAAUUGCUCCAGUUGGAAGAAGAUGUGAAUCUCUUAGAAGAAAUGUAUCCUCAAGGUGAAAAGGCGGAAACUGCUUGGGCUUUCACUGUCCUUGGAUACUUGGCCAAAUUUGUCCUUGGAGUCUUAGGGUUGAUUGUUUCUGUGGCCUGGGUUGCGCACAUCAUCAUAUAUCUACUUAUUGACCCUCCUCUCUCUCCUUUUCUUAAUGAAGUUUUCAUCAAGCUGGAUGAUGUCUGGGGUCUUCUAGGUACUGCUGCAUUUGCUUUCUUCUGUUUCUACCUUCUGCUUGCUGUUAUUGCUGGGGCAAUGAUGCUUGGUCUGAAGCUGGUUUUCAUUACCAUUCAUCCAAUGAAGUGGGGAGCUACUCUGAUGAACUCUUUCCUCUUCAAUGUUGGUCUGAUUCUUCUUUGUUCUAUCAGUGUGAUUCAAUUCUGUGCGACUGCAUUUGGAUACUAUGCCCAAGCCACUGCUGCCCAGGAAAUCUUUGGCCACACUUUGCAGUCCCUUCGUGGAAUUAAGUACCUCUACAAGUACAAUGUCUUCCAAAUUGGGUUUGUUGUUCUGGCGGGACUGUCCUUUAUAUAUUACCUCGCCUUUGGAUGGAGAAGAAAAAAACCAAGCGGCCGAUUCCAGCUUUCCUCCUAAUGUAAAUCUUGUUUCUGGCUGAUGCUGUCUACCCGGAAAUCGGCCACAUGCCACUGAGGGGUGCUGCUGUCCAUAAGUAUUUCGCUGUCUUUGAAUGAUAUAAUAUUGAAGUGUCUGGAAACUCAGGAUCUGAAUGUGGCCUUAGUUUUCAUGUUUAUUAUGGUAUGCCUCUAGACGGGGACGAGACAUUGGAUGGGGGAUGAGAGUUCGGGGUUUGGUCCGUUAGGAACAGCACACUUCCAAAAGCUUCUCUGCUGAGUUUUUUUUUUUUUUUACUUCUGCUUUCUGUAUUAUUAUGAUCUGUUUUUUUUUUUACCUCUUCUGUAUGUAUUGUUUGUUUGAUUACGAAUGAAUGAUCAAACUAUGUUUUGGGUGAGCUUCUUCCUUCCAUUUGUACGUUUCCAUGUGAGACAAUUCAUGGUGUCGAGCUUAUUGUAUUAAUUUCAAUUGCGCUGUAACCAUUUUGAUUAGCGAA